CCAGUCUUCUCAGGAUCCCCGAUACAUACGAGACAAAACCCAACAGUUCCAUCCAUUCAGAAGAGAACGACGAAGGGAUCUAAUUCAUCAUGACUCGACGGACUUGUCUGAUUUUAUCUUGUCUGGUUGUCGUUAUCGCCGUUGUCUGGAGCUUGCCUCAGCAACCCAAGUCUAGGAGACCCAUCCCGCAGUUUAAGAAUAAAACCGGUGGCUUGGAACUUCCGGACAACGCCACGCUGAUUCGAGAGAACAUCGUGGACAAUUUCUCCUGCCAGGACAGGAUUUAUGGAUAUUACGCCGACAUGGAGAACGAUUGCCAGAUUUUCCAUGUUUGCUUGCCGCAGGCUAGGGGUGCGUCAAGAUGGAGCUUCAUCUGCCCUGCGGAGACUGUUUUCAAUCAAGCCACGUUCGUUUGCACGAAAACGGAGAACUCCAUACCAUGCGAGGAGUCUGAGAAAUUCUACAGCUUGAACGAGGCGAUUGGCAAGGAAGUGGAAGAAGAGGAAAGUGACGUGGAACAGGCGACGAAAGAGUCGGAUGUGGAACCAAUUUCGGCCAGACCUUCAGCCAGGACGUCGAGGAUCUUGAACAGGAAGAAGUCGAGGAAUCAGUGAUUUCUUUUUUUUUUCGGAAUUUAAUAAUAAUCUUGUGCAGAACGGGCUGUGUGUGUGUGUGUGUGUUUGUAGAAGAUAUGAGAUUCGUGGACUGUUAAAAGGAUUAACUACGUUUACUUGUCUGAAACGAAAAAAAUAACUUCAUUUACUACUUAGGUAUAAAUACGUGUAUUUAAAUUAUGAUGAACAGACUGCGAAUUUUUAUGCGAAUUCGUAUUUUCGAGAAAUUUAAUUCAGUAUUAAUUAUCCAUGAAACAUUGUCGAAAGCGUUAUAGCCUUAGACAUUUUAUAUAUAUACAUUUCCUGCAGUUUCGAAUUUUCUAUAAAUGCAUAAAAAUCCGCAGUC